GCUAAAGCUUGUCUGCAAUGGCAGACUACGAAACCCACCACCACCACCACACCUCGAUCCCAAAAGAGACUGCCCUGCAAGCCCUCAACACCAUCAUCCAGCUCCACUUUGAGAAGACCCUCGAGAAGAAACGAUCCAUCGACCUCCAAAAGAAGGACCUUCACAAGCUCUUCCAGCUCUUCUUCCUCUUCCUCGCCCUCGUCUUCCUAGCUCAGUCUCAGCCCUCCUCCCGCCUCCAAUGCCGCCACUGCUGGGUCCCCAUCGUCCUCCUCUCCCUCGCCCACCUCAUCUUCUACGUCUCCGUCGCCCAGACCCUCCGCUGCAUCAACGGCUUCAAGUACCAGCGCCGCUGCCACAAGCUAACGUUGGGGUUGGCCACCGAGAAGCUGAGGGAGAUGAAGAUGAGGCUGGGGGCUAACGGCGGAGGCGGCCAUGAGUUUGAUGGGAUUGGGGAUAGUGAGUUCGAGAUUCAUUAUCAGGAGCCGCCCGAGAGUUAUUUUGAAAAGUUCAAGAGGAACUGGGCUCUGCAUUUUGGGUUCUUGAUUGUCAUCUAUGGCUUUAUGGUGGCCUCUUCUGUUGUUCUGCUUUGCUUUUAGGCAGUGUUGUUGGGUUUGGAUUGAUAGAAAGUUGAUCUUAGAUUCUUAGAGGAGGGUUUUCUUGAUUUGAUGUACAAUGUGGAAUCUGGGUUGCCCUCUGAGCUUGAGGAAGUUGAUGGAGAUUACUUUAGGUAGAAAGCUGAAUCACUUGAAUGUACUAAUUCUUUUGAAAUUUUCCAACUGAAACUGGUGUGGCUUUUGGAGAACAUUUCCUUCUUUUGAUUGGUAUCUUUGGACCUUUCCACAUUCUCUUUGCAGUGUGCUGUGUAGUGUUGCAAAGUAUUGAAGCUACAUUGCCACAAGGUUGGAGUUGUCAAAUUAAUUCAUUGUGCGAAUCGAUCGCUU